GUGAGCAUCCCACUCCUCUAAGAGCUUCCUCCCAUCUUCUCUUUUUCCCCUUUUUCUCUCUCCCUACAUCAUCUCCAAACCAAAUUGACUUGUCCUUAUGUGAACGGGAGCCAGAAAACCUUGAGAAUUUCGAACAAAACAGUGGCUUCUCUCUUGACACGGACAUGCCACAGGAGAAAAUGGAACUAGAUUUGGAGGUGCAGCUGAGUUCAACCACCACAGACGGCAACUUCCUGAGAAGAUCCAACAGCGCCCCUGUGAUCAAUGGGCUUGGUGACAAUUCACAGAUGUUCCAAGCUGAUACUCUAAGAACCAGAGGGAAUAGUAUAACAUCUAUGACACAGUACUGUCUGGAGAAAGGCAUGAAUUUAGUAAAUAGAGAAGCAAUGCAUAAAUGGGAGGUACCAACUGCAAUACAGAUAGAUCAACCUUGGGAACAAAGUUUGAACCUGAGUGCCAGAAACUUAGAGAAACCAUCUUCUUCAAAGCGCAUUGACUUAAUUCCAGUAUCCUCAGCAGCUUCUCCCACUAUGGAGAUUGAGAAGCAAAGUUCUUCUAUAUCAUUUCAAACUUCUGUGAGUUGCACCGGUUUACCUCCGAUUCCUGGUCCUAGUCCUAUGGAACAAUUUACAAUAAGGAGAAGUCAAAGCCCCACCAACAUUAUUAGACCAAGUAUUCUUGGACCAUUAAAAAGAAAAGGUGAAAUGGUGUUUGAAGACCAGCCAAAGAGAUUUUUCCAAGGCCCUGCCAACAUGCUUUCUUCUGAUACUACCCAACAGUCUGAUAUGAAUGUCUGGGAGAAGAACUGGCCUGAUCAGAUAUAGAAUCUUCUCAGUCUGCUCAAGGCAUUACCAAUCAACUAGCUCCAUCUAAAACAUCAGAUUAAAAGAAAAGAAGGGGCACAUACAUUCUCUGACUUUUUUUUCCCCAAUGAAGAAAUUAAGGUGGAAAAGGAAAAGUUUGUUCCUAAGUCUGUAGUUCUAAUUCUCAAGAGUCAAGGAGUUUUGGUGUGUGGGGGUUGGGAGGUGGGGGUUGGGUUCUCUCAAAAGAAAAAUUGGAUAAAUGAAGGGUUUUGUAGGGCACUUAAAAGAAAUGCACAAUUGUGCAUGAAUUUUUUUUAACUUUUUAUUUUGAAAUAAUUAUAGAUUCAUAGGAAGUUGCCUUUCAACCAGUCUCCCCCAAUGUUUACUUUGCACAUAAUUAUAGUACCGUAUAAAGGCCAGAAAAUUGACAUAGGUGCAACGCGUAUGUAUACUUCUGUGCCGUUUUAUUACAUGUAUAGAUUUGUGGAACCACCACCACAAUCAAAAUACACAACUAUUCCAUCACCACAAAGAUCUGGUGUUACCGCUUUAUAGUCACACCCAUCCUGCCACCCUCCACCAUCCCUAACCUCUGGUAACCAUUAAUUUUUUCUCCAUCUCUAUAAUUUUGUACUUUGAAAAGUACAGUUUCCUUAAGAAAAUGGAUUGGCACCUCUAGUUUUCACAGAAUCUCAGGCUUGAAGGAGUGACUUCUCCAGCCCAGUCUCCCAUUUCAUGCCCAAAGGCCCUCUACAGCAUCCCUUCCAAGUAUCCAUGCAGCCCCUAUGACACACAAACCAGAACUUUCUCCAGAAUUUUAUGAGUAUUGAGGUACUUAACAUAAAUAUUUAGAGCAUAGACAUUGUUUCUUUCUGUAAAGUUAUUCAAUAAUUAGCAAAACUCUUACCUUUAGAUUAAAUAUUACAAAAUGCCCUCUCACGUGCUAAUUUUCCCAUCACACACUGUCCUGUCCCAAACAAGCAUCUCCUUUUUCCAUUCCUUUUACCUAGUGAGAGGGAUAACAUGCAGGAAGCCUGGAAGGCUCACAGAAAAUUCCAGAAAUCCCUUCCUUAACUACAGAUUAGUCUGGCCCCCAGCAAUUGGGGCAUUUCAAAUGUAAGUGGUUCAUGUGUGGAAUUUACUUCCUGGGCUGAUUGUGAGUAUGUUGUUAUCUACAUGAUAGCUACAAGGAUCAUUCCAUGAGAUAAUCUGAACUGGAGCCCAACUCCCCUGGAGCCCAAUUCCCCAGGACUCCCCUGUGGGUAAGAAAGCUUUACAGGACACUCUGCAGCCCAUUGUAAUAACAUCAGAAAAUAGUGACUCAAAGUCAUGCUAAGACUAGAAGGGGCUAGCAGAAGUGAAGCCAUGGGGGUUCCAUGGCUGUGAUUAAUUUGGACACUGCACCUCCUUUCCCCUGGACUGUUUUGAAAUCUUAUCACUUUGCACGAACUUAACUUGCUCUUCACUUCACAAAGAGCACCGUGCUCUCCUUAACUGGACAGCAGCACAUAUACAAAUCCAGGAGGAUUUCAGCCAGGAGACACGCAGUCUAGUGAAUGCCCUCUUCCUUCUUUUUUUAAAAUUUUUAUUCACAGUUCACCCAUUUCUCCCACCCCCAAGUCCCCCGCCUUUUACAACCACCAAUUUGUUCUCUGUAUCUAUGAGCUUGGUUUUUUUUUUCAAUUCCACAUAUAAGAGAGAUCGUACGGUAUUUGUCUUUCUCUGUCUGACUUAUUUCACUUAGCAUAAUGCCCUCGAGGUCCAUCCACGUUGUCCCAAAUGGCAGGAUCUUAUUCUCUUUUAUGGCUGAAUAAUAUUCCAUUGUAUAUAUAUGUACCACAAUUUCUUUAUCUGUUCAUCCAUUGAUAGACACUUAGGUUGUUUCCAUAUCUUGGGUAUUGUAAAUAAUGCUGCAGUGAACAUGGGAGUGUAUAUAUCUUUUUGAAUUAGUGUUUUCAUUUCUUUGGAUAAAUACCCAGAAGUGGAAUUGCUGGAUCGUAUGGUCGUUCUAUUUUUAAUUUUUUUAGGAACCUCCAUACUGUUUUCCAUAGUGACUGCACCAAUUUACAUUCCUACCAACAGUGCACAAGGGUUUCCUUUUCUCCACAUCCUCACCCACUCUUGUUAUCUCUUGCCUUUUUGAUAAUAGCCAUUCUUACACGUGUGAGGUGAUAUCUCAUUGUGGUUUUGAUUUGCAUUUCCCUGAGAUUUAGUGACGUUGAACAUUUUUUUCAUGUGCCUAUUGGCCAUCUGUAUGUCUUCUUUGGAAAAAUGUCUAUUUAGAUGCUCUGCCCAUUUUUUAAUUGAGUUGUUUGUUUGCUAUUGAGUUGCAUGAGUUCUUUAUAUAUUUUGGAUAUUAACUUUCUGAGUAGGGGCCCCUGCCUUCCAGAAUACUCCUCACUUCCCCAUAGGUGAGGAGAGCAUGAGCAGUGAGGGAGGGAAGGAGAAAGUGCAGCUAGCUAUGUGCUCCACCCCAAGUGCCAUUGCUCUGGGUCCGCGUCACAGUUUACAACCCAAAGACCUUCAAUAUGCGUGAUGAAUGCAGCUGCUCAUGUAUCAGCGUUUUCCCCCUCACCAAAUAACCCAUGGGUGUAAUUUGUAAUUUCCAAAGUGAAAAGAUAUUUCCAACUAAUUUAAUAAUCCUGACAUAUUCUCAGCUGCCUUAGUUUUUUUAGGGGAUAAUUUUGUGGCUACUCUUGUGCUAUCUUUUUCUUCAGACUAUGGUAAGGGGAAAGAAGACAGGGCCAGCUCGUGAUCUGGAUGCUGAUCUCAGCUCUGGCCCUUCCUCUCGGGGAGGCUUUCUUAUGGAGGGCAAGUCACUUCAGCUCUCAGAGUCUCAGUUUCCUCAUCUGCAGAAGAGGGAUAAAUAGCAAGUGCCCUCCCAACCUUGCAAAGGUGGUCACUGAGAUAAACAGAUCUUAGAAACGUCUUUGUGAAAGUUUCAGAGGGAAAAUAUAGUGAUUAAGACAUUCAAAUAUGGUAUUCAAAAUACUCUGUUUUGAAAUGUUCUUCAAUGUUUAGAAAAACAUUCUUAAAAUAACUUUUAUAAGUCUUAUCUAUUUUACCUUAGGCGGGUUUUUUUUUUUUUUGGCCUAUUUUGACUAAAUUCUUAGUAUUGUUCAUUAUAUUUUUUUGCAUGAGGGUGAGGUUGGCCAUAAAAUAUUAUGCAAUCUGUUAGAAUGUGGGAUUAAGAAAAAAGAAUGUGGGAUAAAGUGAUCCAAAUAGUUCCUUACAAGGUAGAGAAGAUACACUAGGAAUUUGAUUUCAUGCUUAAAGACAAUUAGCUUUGUUGAGCCAAUGGGUUUACUAUUUUUCAGUAGGAUUACUGUUUCACAACAGCAAGUUAUGUCCAGGUCAUUUGGUUGUAAAGUAGAAAGUCAAUCAUAACCCCUGUGGCGGCCUAUCACCAGGCCAGGCCAGGCCAGUUUUCACCUGGUCUUUUCUUGUGAGGGCAGAUUGCCCUGAACUGGAUCCCUGGGGUUUGGAGCUGAGAACUUCAUCAGGUUCCUGCUAGAGGCUAAUUAAUCAUCAAAUCAGCUCAUUGCAAAACCAAGUAGCCAUGCCAAUCCAUUAAUGCAGGUCCCCAGAGUCAUUGGGGCAGCAGAAAGAGAAGGAAAGGGCCUAAUCUCCUCCCAGGAUUACAGGGAAGAAGUUCCCUAGAUCUAAUGAGUUCCUGGUAAACUGAGGGUGUGCUCCAGGACUUAUGCUUUUUCUACCUCUUCCUGUAAUAGUCCCUUCAAAAAGCUACCCAGAAAACAGAAGGACCUAUUGCAUUGCUCAGCAGUGCUCAGCCAUGUAAACCUCUCUUCUCGGUGUAAGCAAUUCAGAGCUAUAGGCCAAAACCGCCCAGCUGGUUGGAAAGUGAAAUAUUCAGUCAACUACCUGCCCUUCCUGUCUAAAUGAUGUCAAACUGAUCUGACUGAUUUUUUUUUAAUGCAUUUACCAGUUAUUUGCGUCUAUAGCAAAUCUUCUCUUUGUUCUGGGAGAGCUUGUGGUUUGCAGUUUGCUUCAUAUUUGGGUCAACAGUCACUGUCAAAGGGGAGUAACUUUGAUAAUUGCUCUAGUUUUUUUGUUUUGUUUUGUUUUCUGACCACUCUAAAAUAUUUAGCUGUCUACAUGAUACCUUAAUAACUGGUUGAAAAGUGAAAAGGUCUCUCAGUGGAAUGAUUGCUUGCAUGAUAGCAAACAGUUUGGUUUUCUGUUGUUGUUGUUGUUGCCACCAAGAUGACUGGUCAUUUUUGUGUUGUGUAAACACAUACCAUCUCCUUUUUUUAUUGAGUUACCCCCAAAGUGAACUCCUUAGCUGGGAGGCAGCAUGCUGCAAGUGGUAAAAUCACAAACUUCUGAAGCCAGACAGAUCUAAGUUUAUUAGCUGUGAGAUCUUGAAAAGGCCAAAUAAUAACUCUGAGCUUCAGUUAUCUCAUCUGUAAAUUGGGCAUGAUAAUAUUUGCCUUAAGGUGUUGUUGCAGGAUUAUUAGGAGGCUAUUUUAAGUGUCUACCCUGGGCCAAGCAGUCAGUGCUUUUUAACUUUUUAUACACAUAUAGAUCACCUAGAGAUCUUGUUCAACUGCUGACCCUGAUUCAGUAGGUCUGGGGUGGGACCGGAGAUUCUUCACUGCCAAUAAGCUCCCAGGUGAUGCCCAUGCUGCUGGUCCGAGGACCACACUUGGAGUAGCAACGGUCUAGAUAUCAUUUGCAAAGUGCCUAGCACAGUUAGUGCUUAAUACAUGGUCGCCCCAAAGUAAUUCAGUCACUCAAAAAUUACUGAGAAGAAACCUUUUCCCACAAAAGCAAUACCAGUCUGCCUGUAGCUAUGUUCCCAUAGCCUUUGCAAAAUGUCGCAUUGAGAUUGGCCAUGCUUGGUAACUUCUGAAGGCAGGUGAUAGGUACAUGGAAGGGGUUCAUUAUACUAUUCUCUCUGCCUUUGUACAUGUUUAACAUUUUCCAUAAUAAAUUUUCUAAGUUAAAAAAGACCCAAACGGAGGAUUUUUAGGGCAAUGAAACUAUUCUGAAUACCAUAAUGGUGGAUACGUGUCGUUAUACAUUUGUCCAAACCUAUAGAAUGUACAACACCAAGAGUGAACCUAAUGUAAACUAUGGACCUUGGGUGAUAAUGAUGUGUCAAUGUAGGUUCAUCCAUUGUAACAAAUGCACCACUGAGGGAUGUGGAUAGUGGGGGAGGCUAUGCAUGUGUUGGCAGUGGUAGGGGGUAUAUAGGAACUCGCUGUACUUUCUGCUCAAUUUUGCUGUGAACCGCAAACUUCUUUAAAUAAUAAAGUCUAUUAAGAAAAAUCCCACAAACAGAAAACACCUGUAUCCUCACAGCCUGAGAACAGCAGAAGAUACAGGUUACCUAGUACAUACAGUGAUUAGCUCCAAAAACAUGCUCAUUAGGAGGGAGAGAGCUUUCGUUUCGAUUCUCCAAAUAAAUCUAUUCCUAACCUUGCCUCCCAUGAUUUAUGAUUGUGCAAAAGUAAUUUACCCAUUCAUCCCAGGGUUUAGCACAUUUUUUCCCUUAGCAUUAGCACAGCUCACACUUCAUUUGGUCAGGACAGAUUUUGCAUUAUCUAUCUCUACCUUGGUGUACUAAAAUCUGUCUACAUCCUCAUGAAAUCAUUUCAUUUAUUUUUUUCACUUUAUUGAAUCAGGGCUUUCCCCCAUCUACCUGGAUCACAUCCUGAACUGCCCAGUUUGUGUGUUCAUUAAGUCGGUGAUUCACAAAGCAAUCGCCUAGCUAAUUGGAAAAUGCAUUUAGUGAGCUGAACAUUCCCCAUCAUCAUCUUCCUUGAGCUGGGGUCAGUUUUUAUUAGGUAUGGAGCUGACAUAGCCCAGGGUAGGUAUCACUUUAAUUUUUUGGACAUCUUUUGAUGAACCAAGUGACGGGGACAAAUUUUUAACCAAGUGAGGGGGCAAAUCAGAGAGAACCUAAAUGAACAGCAUAAAGGAAACAGCCCGCUUGAGUUUAGUCUAUUUGCAUUUCUUUGUUCUCUUGAUCAUAUAAAACCUCUCCAAACUAGUGUCCUAAUUGAUUCCUCUUUUUUCUGCCUGUGGCUUAUUUAACAACAAUAAACAAACACAUAGGGACAGAGAUUGGAUUGGUGGUUACCAGAGGGGAAGAGGGGAGGGAGGAGGGUGAAAGGGAUAAUUCGGUACAUGUGUGUGGUGAUGGGUUGUAAUUAGUAUUUUG